CCACCUCCCCUGUUCCCCACCUCGCCUGUUCCCCACCUCCCCUGUUCCCCACCUCGCCUGUUCCCCACCUCCCCUGUUCCCCACCUCGCCUGUUCCCCACCUCCCCUGUUCCCCACCUCGCCUGUUCCCCACCUCGCCUGUUCCCCACCUCCCGUGUUCCCCACCUCGCCUGUUCCCCACCUCCCCUGUUCCCCACCUCCCCUGUUCCCCACCUCGCCUGUUCCCCACCUCCCCUGUUCCCCACCUCCCCUGUUCCCCACCUCCCCUGUUCCCCACCUCGCCUGUUCCCCACCUCGCCUGUUCCCCACCUCGCCUGUUCCCCACCUCGCCUGUUCCCCACCUCCCCUGUUCCCCACCUCCCCUGUUCCCCACCUCCCCUGUUCCCCACCUCCCCUCUUCCCCACCUCCCCUGUUCCCCACCUCCCCUGUUCCCCACCUCGCCUGUUCCCCACCUCCCCUACCUGCGUGCUGUCGUCAAGAGCACGCGCAUUCACCUGGGCGGGGAUGAAGUCAGCUUUGCUGCGCACUCGGUGCAACACCUCAUACACUCGCUGCUGCUGCUUCCACUCGUUCGCCACUCGCUCUCUGCACACCCGUCAGAUGGAAUGAAUCCAGCUCCACUGUGCAACUUCCACGUUUUCCAUCACUGCGUUGCUGCUGCUGCUGCUAUGGUUGCUCUGCACCUCCCUCUCAUCAGCGCUCCUCCCUCUCCCCGUGCGCAUCGCCUGCCCUCUCCUCUGCCACUAUCAGUCUGCUGGGUGGGAGUCAUCGCCAGCAAUCAAUGCAUGGUGUAUUCUCAGGAGCCCGCAGCAGGAAUUGCGGCGCUGCUGCAGCCUCUGGUGGUGGGCGGCGAGACAUGCAUGUGGGGGGAGAGGGUCGACCCCUCGGACCUCCUCAACACUGUGUGGCCAUGAGCUGCUGCUGCUGCUGCUGCUGCUGCUGCUGCUGCUGCUGCUGCUGCUGCUGCUGCUGCUGCUGAGGGAGGGGGGAAUGGUGCUGCUGCUGGUGGGAGAGGGGGGAAUGGUGCUGCUGCUGGGGGAAACGGUGCUGAUGCUAGUUCGCAUCCUGCUCACUUCUUGUCUGCAACCAUCUCUCCUCACUCCUGUCUCUUUCCUUCGCCCCCUCUCGAUUUCCCCUCCCUAUUUCCCCUCUCGCUUUCACCUCUCCUCUCUUUGCCUUCCUCCCGUUUUUGACCACCAGAGCACCUGUGGAGUCCUCAAGUAUGCAUGGAUGGGUGUCUCUCUAAAGGCUAUGCCCGCCUGCAUUUGUCCCGAUGCGUGCUCAUAUCCCCUCUGUCCCCUCUAUUCCUCUCUUUCCACCACUCAGAGCGCCUAUGGAAUGCUCAAGCAUAUGUGGUUGUGGCACUCUGCAAACUGCUACCAACAAUAGACUCUUUCGCUGGUGCCCCAAACCAAUCAUUGCUCCCUGCUUUGAGUAGCUGGUCAGUUGGGAAUGAUGUGAUUAUCAAUCAAUGUAUGUUUUCGCAUUCGCAUGAUGAACGAACAAAUAAAAUGCAGAUGUAUAUUAUGAGGUUUUUCUAUUCAGAGGUUUACAACAUCUGAGGAUAUGAGAUAAUGGAUAGAUUAGUUCUGUACUACCUAA